AUUCACUUCCUCUCUGGCAGAGGAAGAAUACAGGUCUGAAUAUGUGAUUCCAAGAAUCUCUUUUCCCCCAUGGGAAACUGCCAUGAAGGGGAAAGGUACCCAGAGCAGCUUCUAAAACUGAAAUGAGGACCUCCUGAGAACAUGAGUGGUACAGUCAGAUAUGUGGGAAGCUGCACAGGUGUGACAGGAAGCCUCUGUGGAUGAACAGGGAAAAGAGGGAGGUCAAACACACACACAAAAGAUGAAAACAGGAUGCAGAGGGUGUAAGGAGGGAUGAGCUACCCAGAAAGGAUAUAGAGACAUUGCCCAAAUGGAGCUGGCAUUUGGAAAGCUAAGUUGGAAGUGGAACUAUUGAGGGAUAUGAAGGGUAACAAAAAGGGUUUCUAGACGUAUGUGGGCAGCAAAAGGAAGGCUAAGGGACAUGUGGGUCCAUUGAUGAAUGAGGCAGGGGACCUAGUGACAAAUGAUUUGGAAAAGGCUGACCUCUACUUACUGAAUUCUUGGCUUCAGGCUUUACUGAUGCAACCUGCCCUGAGGUCCUUGUGCCACAUGACAGAGUCUGUAGAAGAGAAAUACUACCCACAGUAGGGAAGAUAUGGUUAGGGACUGUAACUGUCUAAACUUCCACUUCUUUCUGUAACACACAACGCUGGCACAGACUCGACCAGGUCCGUAGUGGGAGAAAAAGUGUGUGAUAGCCCCGCCAAGGCCAGAGCUCCCAUAGUAUGUGGGACAUGCCACCCACUAGCACUGUGGUCAGCUUCACUGAUGUGGUGCAUCACUGGUGUGUGUCUCAGGACAGUUCAUCCUUCAUCAGCUUGUACUGUGGAAAGUAUCUAUGAAAAAAGCUCACUUGCAAAGAUUGUGAGGAGAAGCAUUCACUGAUUUGCUGGAGUAAAUCUGACAGUUUUGGGGUAACAAUUAUGUCUUUGUGUGACUCUGCUCUGACAUUCCUCUAACUAUGUCUGUGAGCUGCCCAUCCAAACAAUACUCUCCCAGCAAGCAGAGAUAACCAUCGUUAUUUCUUUGGUUUGCCUCAUUCUACUUCUAUCAGUGAAACUGAAAAGGGAGAACUCUUUACAAGCAAAGAUACAACCAAAAUUUCCAUAAAGACAUUAAAAGCCCAGUGUGAGGUUGACACCUGAGUAAUUUCUCCCAAGGCAACCUCCCAUGGCAGCAACAUUUCCCAUCUCAAGCAUUUUUCAUCUUGGGACCUGGGGUCUCCUUUCCAUAGAGUUGCUCAGUGAUUUGAAAAUGCCAGACAAGUGCAUGGAGAAAGAGUUUCUACCACAGCUCCUGCCAGGAGCCUUGAGACACUCCACCAUGACUCAGGAAGAAACAUGGAGUGCUGGGAAGAGUGGAAAGUUCCCAGCUUUGAGCAGGACUUGGUCCUGCCAGGCACGGGGUGGACAGGGGCAAUGGUUGGUUGAGGCUCCAAGCAAAAAGUCACUCAUUACAGGAAGGAGGUAAAGAUUUAUGUCAAUUCACAAGCCAAUUUUGAAAGGAAUGGUUAAUUAGAUGGCUGACCUAAAGGAAAUUGCACUACUGGAAAAGGCAUUGUGAUAAGAUAACUGUAUAGUAGUGGAAUUUGUAUAAUAGACAAUGACACUUUUAUUAUUCUAAUACAGAAUAAACACAAUCAUAAUAGAACUAAUAUAAUGUAUAGUUAGAGUGCCAAUAUUUUUUUAGGACAUAGGAUGGGCUGAAGUACUUCAUGCCACCUGUACCUUAGCCUUCAAAUGCAAGAGCUGCUUGCAGGUCUCCACACCUGCCAGUGAGAUUCAGAGGGCUACACAUGCUCUAGACUUGACAUUAGGAAGCUUUUCUUCAGCGAGAGGCUAGUCAAACCCUGGCACAAGCUUCUUGGAUGGGUGGUAGAUGCCCCAAGUCUGUCAGUGUUUAAGAGGCAUUUGGACAAUGCCCUUAAUAACACAAUUUAACUUUCAGUCAUCCCUGAAGUGGUCAGGCUUUGGAUUAGAUGACUGCUGUAGGUCCCUUUCAACUGAAAAUAGUCCAUUCCAUUCCAUUUCAUUCUAGUCUAUUCUGUUCACAGUAGCUGAAGCUCCAUGUAGGAAUGACUUAGAGAUGCUGGACACUCACCAGUCCAUAAUACCCCAUGGGAUCCCUCUGAAGGUGCUACAGGAUACAGUUAAUAUCGUUGUGGCUACUCUCCACCAUCUCUGGAAAGCAGUGAUACUUUGAGAUGUACUCAGUCGCUGGUAAAAAAAUCAAAUGUGAUGCCCAUGUUUAAAGAGGUGGGAGGGAAAAAAGGAUCCAGGGAACUACAAGGCAGUCAGUUUCACCUCAGUUCUUGGGGGGAUCAUGGGUUCAGUUCUCCCAGAAGCCACUGCCAGGUACAUGAAGGACAAGAAGGGGACUAGAACCAAUUACCAUGGACUGACCAAGGGCAAAUUGUGGCUGAGCAAUCUGAUUGUCUUCUAAGAUAAAAUGGCUGAUUCUGUGACUGAAGGGAAAGCAGUGCUUAUGCACCUUCCCUCUUCCUAAGGCUUCCAACACAAUAUCCUGGAUGAGAAACGCACCUUUGUUUUAAGUGGAAGUAUCUGGUUCCACUCUCACAUUAGAUUCCCCCAGAGCCUGGCUAGGGCUCAGGGGAGAAUCUCAGGGAGUUUCCCAGCUUAUCUAAUUGAUUUAUGAGCAAGGUCACACACCACGUCCCAGGGCCAGACAACUGUCUCUGUGGCCCUGUUAUCAUGAUUAUACACAAAGAAAGAUAAGGAUAUAUCCAAGAUAAACAUGUUUAGUAUAAUACCUAUUAGCACAAUGGUUAUCAGUUAUAAAAUAUACAGGAUUCAUCUAUAGGUCUACUCUGGCUUAAGCCUAUCAUCCAAACCUUAGCACUUCAGUGCCCCACCCUUGCAGGGCUAGCAUCCUCCAGUAACUGCCUUUGGCUUUUGGCCCAUUUCCUCGUUGGCUCAUUACGAUAAAGGCCUCCCACACUACCCAUGGCAUGUUUGGCUAGCCACUUGAGCCUCCUCCUGGGAGCAGGAAUAAAAGGCUGGAAUUGAAGGCAGUCCUGACAGACAGACAACUCAAGUUGCUCUGGCACUUCCUUGCUGAGGACUGCAUGAUGAGAAAGUCAGUGCUCUUUUUUGGCUUUCUUCUUGUCUUCCUUGGUCUGGCUUUGCCAGGCACCCAAGGAAGAAUCAUCUCCCGAUGUGAAUUGGUGAAGAUCCUUCGUAAGCAUGGCUUUGAGGGCUUUGAGGGCACAACAGUAGCUGACUGGGUCUGCCUGGUGCAACAUGAGAGCGGUUACAACACUAAAGCCUUUCAUAACAAUGGUGCGAGCAGGGACUAUGGGAUCUUUCAGAUCAACAGCCAGUACUGGUGUGACGAUGGGAAGACUCGUGGAUCCAAGAAUGCCUGCCAUAUCCAUUGCUCAAAACUUCAAGAUAAUAUUGAGGAUUCUAUUCGGUGUGCCAAGAAGAUUGCUCGAGAGGCUCAUGGCCUCAGUCCUUGGUACGGCUGGAGAGACCAUUGCAAGGGCAGAAACCUGCGUUCCUAUGUCAGGGGUUGCUAAAUCACUACACAAAGAAGUGACUGCUCUCUCAGGAUCACCAGUGGUGAAGGGUGAGGGUGUAUGAAGCAAAGGCUAGGGAAAAUGCGUGGUGUGGGGAAUUAAAAGCAGUAUAUUAAGGUAGAAAGGGUGCUGGCUAUUGUUAACACUGUGAGGACUUUGUACUACUGCAAUGCAGGUAAAGAACUUAAAGGCUGAUGGUUUAGUAGAAACAAAACUUAGUAGAAGUGCAUUACAGGUGGAGUUUCAGCCAUUUACUUGCAUACUCAAGGUUUUGUUGACCUGACCAAGAGGGCUUACCAACAUUCAGGGUUUCUCUGUCUCUUUCUCUCAUUCAUCCCUCCCUUCCUCCCACCCUCUUUUCCUCCCUCCAUCUCUCCCUCCCUUACCUUCUUCUUUUAUUCUUUUAUUCUUUCUUAUCUGUGUAGAAAAUAUGAAGAUGAAUGCAUGCUGUAAUAGUUGAGACCUGCAUGAUUGCAGCUGCCUUAUAACUGGGACACAGUUGCUGACUGAGGUGAGUAGUACAGAUGGCUGACAGAGAAAGAUAACUAUGCUUGCUCCUUAAAUUUAUCUGAGCAUCUGCUCCUGGCUGGUGGGAGAGACAGAGCACUGAAAUGUAUGGACAUCUGGCCAGGCUGAAUAUGACUUUCCUUAUAAUUCUUUGAAGUAUGAGAUCAAACACAAUCUAGGAAAGAUGUAGGCAGCAUCUCUGUGAUGAAAUAAUGGGUUGGGAAGCCCAUUAGGAAAGGGAAUUUUUUGCCAUUUAGGACACGAGCCCUUUUU